GAUCUUUAAUCUCAUUUUCCUCCUCUCCCAUCUUUCUUUCUUUGAAGUAUACAAUGGGAGCUUUAAAGCUUCUGCUUGCCUUGUUUCUAACAGUUUUUGUGUCAGCGGCAAUUGGGCUGAGGACUCCUCAGCUCAGUCAGUCUCAGCAAUGCAGGCUUCAGAGACUGACUUCCAGUCAGCCUUCUCAGCGAUUUGAGUCUGAAGGCGGUCACUUUGAGUUAUGGAACCAGAACGAACAGCAAUUCCAGUGCGCCGGCGUUGCGCCGAUAAGGGUCACCAUCCGCCCUAAUUCCGUCCAUCUCCCUAGCUAUCAUCCUACUCCAAAACUGGUUUAUGUAGUCCAAGGUAAACUAAAAUCAAUCAUCAUCAAUGUUUAAUUUUUGACAUGGAACUAAGUUAUUAUAAGUUUUUUUUUUUUUUUUUUCCUUGUGUUUCCAGGCAGGGGAUUGAUGGGACUACACGUUCCUGGAUGUGCUGAAACAUUUUCUUCAUACUCCCAACAACAGCAAGGCCAGCAACAACAACAGCCAUGGGAGCAACAGGGUCAGCAAGGUCAGGAGCAAUAUCCAUGGGAACAGGGUCAGGGUCAGGGACAAUUCCAGGGACAACAAUCUGAUCAGAACCAGAAAGUGCGGUACAUUCGUCAAGGGGAUGUUAUUGCAAUUCCUGCUGGUGCAGCUCAUUGGUGUGCCAAUCAUGAUAAUCAACAAAAUCUAGUUGUUGUUUCCGUUAACGACCUCAACCAUGUUCAAAAUCAGCUUGACCAGAACCUCAGGGUGUUUUACAUAGGAGGAGGACAACAACAACAACAAUUCGGACAACAGCGAGGACAACAAGGACAACAACAGCAACCUGGACAACAAUGGCAGGGACAACAGCAGCCACAAUUCGGAAACAUUGUCCGUGGAUUCGAUUCAGAACUGUUGGCAGAAGCCAUGAAUGUUCCAGUUGAUACCAUCAGGAAGAUGCAGAGGGAAGACGAGAGAGGAUUCAUCGUCAGAGCUCAGGGAUUGGAACGGAUCAUUAGGCCAACCAAGCAAGAAGAACAACAACAAUGGGGAGGCCAAGGAGGACAACAACAACAGGGAGGACAGGACAAUGGGUUAGAAGAAAGCUAUUGCACAUUGAAAAUCCACACCAACGUCGACCAAUUCGGCGAGGCCGACGUUUACACGAGGCAGGCCGGAAGGCUGACCGUGGUUGACAGGCACAAAUUGCCAUUCCUGAACUACAUGGACAUGAGUUUGGAGAAAGGACAGCUUCACCCAAAUGCACUGAUCAGCCCACAUUGGACAAAAACAGGGCAUUCCAUCAUUUACGUCGUCCGGGGAGAUGCUCAGGUGGAAACCGUGAAUUACAAUGGCCAAGCCAUCAUGAAUGACCGGGUGAACCAGGGCGAUAUGUUUGUUGUUCCUCAGUUCUUCGUGUCGACUUUCAGGGCAGGGCAGAACGGGUUCGAGUGGGUCGCCAUCAAAACAACGGGUAACCCGAAAUUGAACCCGGUUUCGGGUUACACAUCCACUAUCAGGGCCCUGCCUCUUGAUGUCCUCACCCAUUCUUAUCAGAUUUCUCCGGCCGAUGCUCAGCAGCUGAAGCUCAACAGCGGUGGCCACUCCAUUCUCUUGCCUUCUUCCCAGAGUCGACAGGGACCCUAUUAGUAAUUAUAGGGACUGUUUUUCAUUGUCGAUGUUUGUAAUAAUUAUGUCAAAAAUAAGAGAGAAAUUAUGAAUGAGAGAGCCUUUGAUUACUCUUCUGUUUCAGUGUCUCUUAACUUCUUUGUUUGUGACUAUUAUGUUGUAAGCAUUUCUUAAUAAAAAGGAGAUGAGAGUUUGUAACUAUUCUCCUAAUU